UAUCCUCCAGAAUUUCUUCUCACAGUGCGCACACAGACAUAGCCGGUCAUAAGUAGGUUCAACCUAAUAUAAAGCACCAAUGAUCUCAGCCUUUUAUAAUCGUCACAUUUCACACUUAUUAACCACUUGUCCUACCCUAACCUAUGAGUUUUGAGCAUGAGCAUGGCCAUGACCUUGGUUUUUUGUCUUUAAAGAACUAAACUCCCACUUUCUCAAAGCGAUUGAAGCCAUCAUCUUGUCGUGUAUCGUUUCCAAUUACAUUUUCCACCAUUUAUUAUUCAUGCUGCCAUGAAACCAAGCAGCCAACCAGCCAGCCAGCCAGCCAGCCAACCUUUUCAAAGCACAGUACGCAUUCGGCAAAGCCGGACACAACAUGAAUGAGACACGACGGACAGACAGUACCAGACGGGACAGGAUAAACGAACGCGUCCACAUUGCUCUAGAGUGGGCGGAAGAUGUUGAUGGCUUGGAGCGGGGCUUGGAGGGAUUUGGCUUAGAUGAUGAAUUAGAACGAUGGAUGGCUUUGAGGUUUGCAGAAAAGAAAGAGAGAAAGAGAGAAAGAGAGAAAGAAAGAAAGAAAGCGUCGUAUGAAAGCCCUCGAAAUUCCCUUUUAACACGAUACUGCGCCGCUUCAGGUAUGGAUGCUGAAAAUGCAAAUGAUUGA